AGCAAACUCAGGAGGUACAGAAUUCUGCUGCUGUGAAAUAAACGAUGGAUCUGAUGUUCAAGAAAGUGGACUUCCACUGCAAGGACAAUAACUCGGCCCAUCACACCAGUGAAAUCACAGUAGAUCAGCUGAUAGUGAGGCGGGGCCAGUCUUUCCUUCUGACCUUUCACCUGCCACGACCUUUCAACCCUCACCAGGACCAGCUCCUCCUUACUGCCUUGACUGGUACAAGGUCAUCAGAGGAGCGUGGGACGCUUUCGGUCUUCGGUAUCCCAGAAGAUGCUAUGCCACGUUCAUUGGAAGCAAAGGCAGUAUGGCGGGCAGAGCUUCACAACACAUCUGACCUGUCAGUAGGCAGGGUGACCCUGGCUGUGACCCCACCAGCCGACUCCCCCGUGGGGAAAUACUUUCUGACCAUGAAAAAAAGUAAAGAGGAAGCCAGCUUCGGUAGCCUGGUGGUGCUCUUCAACCCCUGGUGCUCAGAUGACUGUGUGUUUAUGAUCGAUGAGGAUGAGAGGCAGGAAUAUGUGAUGAAUGAACAGGGAAUUAUCUAUAAAGGCACAGACAUCUACAUCACUUCCAUUGCCUGGGACUUCGGUCAGUUUGAGGAAGACGUAGUGGACAUUUGUCUGAAGUUGUUGGAUGUCAACCCCAAAAACCUGAGAGACCCUGCUGAUGACGUCUCUGCACGCUGUAACCCCAUUUAUGUGAGCCGCGUGGUCAGUGCCAUGAUUAACUCUUAUGAUGACCGAGGUGUGCUGGUCGGAUCCUGGGGUGAUAAUUUCAGGAACGGAGUCUUGCCCAGUCGAUGGAAUGGAAGUGUCACUAUCCUCCAGCUCUGGCACCAGUAUAACUGCCACCCCGUCAAGUACGGCCAGUGCUGGGUGUUUGCUGGGGUCAUGUGCACAGUGAUGCGCUGCCUUGGUAUCCCGUGUCGUGUCGUCACCAACUACCAGUCUGCCCAUGACACUAACAAGAGCCUGACUAUCGACAUCUUUCAUUCAGAUCAUGGGGUCAAAACUAAGAAAACCAAAGACAGUGUCUGGAACUACCAUGUCUGGGUGGAGGCGUGGAUGAAACGACCAGACCUAAACAAAGAUGGCAGCUAUGAUGGUUGGCAGGUGUUGGAUCCUACACCACAGGAGAGGAGCAAAGGUGUGUUCUGCUGUGGUCCAGCUUCAGUCAUUGCCAUUAAAAACGGAGAUACCCACCUGAAAUAUGAUGUUCCAUUUGUGUUUGCUGAGGUUAAUGCUGACUGCAUUGACUGGCUGAUCACAGCUAAUGGCUCAAAGGAGACACUUUGGUCAGACACCAAGAGAAUCGGUCAGCAUAUUUCCACUAAAUCCGUCGGUUCAAGUAUGAGGAGAACCAUCACUGACAGCUACAAACACAGAGAGGGAACAACGAGUGAGAGGGCUACCUUUAAACAUGCCAUCACAAGGGAGUACUCCAGAGAAGGGCAUGUGAGAAAGGAAGUGACAGAGGCAGAGGGAGGAGUGAGGGAGGAGAUGAACGAAGUUGAAGGGCCCGCUGACGGUGUCAUCCCGCCCAGAGAAGUGUCAAUGCGGAUUAAGGAGAAACGCUUUGAAGGGAAUCUCAGGGGCCUUGAACUUAAAUAUUGUGGUGGGUGGCAGGCAUCAGGCAUUCCCCUGUAUUGGCCCUCCUGGCCUCUAGGGGGCAGUGGGGCCACGGUGCACUGGAGCUACCAGGGUGGGCUGGAAGACUUCGUCCAUUUCUGCCAGAGAGAGCCAGAGCACACGAAUUUCAUUUCUCUGCUUUUAGUUUCCAAGCCAAUGAAUGGGAAAGACAUUAAUCUGAAUCUGGUGCUACAUAGCAUGGAUCAAAUGGCCAGGCCUCUGUUCAUCAAUAUUAGCAUCCAGGCCAUGAGGUACACAGGCACACCAGCUGAGCACAUACUGACAGAAGUGAGGGAAAAAAUGCUACAGCCUGGGCAAAAUCUGUCCAUCCCUAUCCUGAUUCCCUUCUCAAUGUACGGCAAACACAUGGUAUACUGUGAUAGUUUGAAGGUGUCGGCCAUAGCCACUGAUAAAAUGGAUCCAAAACAAGUCUACCUGACAGAGUCUAACAUAGUUGUGCAGGACCCUCCCCUGUCCAUCACAGUCCUGGGCCAGGCCACACAGUACCGAGAGUUAACAGUGGAUGUGACCUUUCUUAAUCCGCUCAGCGAGACUCUGAAAAAUUGCACCAUCACAGUAUCCGGCAGCGGUCUGAUCAAACGUGUCAUCGAAGGACGGAUAGGAGCGCUGCGGCAAGGCCAAAAUGUGCGGUUCAGGAUCCUCUUCGCCCCCUACAAAGCCGGGUUGAAGACCCUAUUGGCAAACUUUGACUGCCCCACCUUCAGAGACAUCAAGAGUAGCUGCACCAUUGACGUUAAACCACACCGUCCCUUUUACUACUGAGCCAAAGCCAUGAAAGUUUCUUCAGUCAAAGUCUAUCAUUUAUUUGAUCUACUGAGCUGCAUGCUUGAUUAUAAGAAGCCACUUCCAAUAUCAUAGUUUUUCCAAUCUUAUUACCUCCAAUUUAUCCUGUAAUGAGUCCUUAGUCUCACACUCCCUUACAGGAUGAGCUCACACAAACACAAAAGAUCAAAAUUUUGAUUUGUGAGCCAGAUGACAUUUUCACUUGGCUGUACAA